AUGUCCCUGCUUAGUCUCCCUAAUGAGCUUCUCCUUCCUAUCGCUGAAGACCUCGACUUGUGCUCCCUCAACCACCUCAUCCGCACAUCACGAUUUUUUCACAUCCUUCUCACUCCACUCCUUAUUCGACAUGCCCAGCAAGAUAUAGAUGGUGCCCCCGCUCUCUUAUGGGCGGCCGAACGUGGCCACAAACCUCUCAUAUCCCUACUGCUAGAAAUGGGUUGUGACAUCAACAUCCAGAAUAGAAAAGAAUGGAUAACAGGCACAGCACUACACAAGAUCGCUCUACACCGCGACGAGGAACUGGUGCGGCUACUGCUAGAGAACGGCGCCGACGUGACAGCUACAGAUCAGCACCUGAAAACACCGCUUCACCACGCGGUCAUGGAGGGCUUCACCGGGAUGGCGAGAAUGUUGCUGGAAUAUGGAGCUUGUGUCGAGGCGAGAGACCACAUGGGGGCAACACCGCUACAGAUUGCGGUGCAGAGGGGGAAGACGGGGAUUAUAAGCUUGCUGUUGGACCAUGGGGCGGACAUGGAGGCGAGGAGUGUGAACUCUAGGUGGACAGCAUUACAUGAGGCGGUUAGCUAUGGCAGUGUACCGAUUGUGAUGCUGUUGCUAAGUAAGGGGGCAAAUGUUUAUGCAGUAGGGAGCAGAGGAGAGACACCGCUGGUGUUGGCGAAGAGGUAUAGGUACAAGAAAGUCAAAGAAUUGCUGAAGGAAUUCAUCAUCACUAGUGCAGUAGGAUUAAGAAGAAAAUAG